CCCCCUCGUGCCUCAAUUUUCCUCGAACCUUCAGGGCCCCGUUGCAACUUUGCGAAUUUCAGCUCGGUCGACCAACUUCUGAAAGCCUCAACGACAAGAUGGCGCCGCGUUCGUACUCCAAGACCGCUAAGGUCCCGCGUCGUCCCUUCGAGGCCGCUCGUUUGGACUCCGAGCUGAAGCUCGUUGGCGAGUACGGUCUCCGCAACAAGCGUGAGGUCUGGCGCGUGCUCCUCACCCUCUCCAAGAUUCGUCGUGCUGCCCGUGAGCUGCUCACCCUCGACGAGAAGGACCCCAAGCGUCUCUUCGAAGGCAAUGCCCUCAUUCGCCGCCUCGUCCGUGUCGGUGUGCUUGACGAGUCCCGCAUGAAGCUCGAUUAUGUCCUGGCCCUGAAGGCUGAGGACUUCUUGGAGCGCCGCCUCCAGACUCUGGUCUACAAGCUUGGUCUUGCCAAGUCGAUCCACCAUGCCCGUGUCCUGAUCCGCCAGCGCCACAUUCGCGUCGGCAAGCAGAUCGUCAACGUCCCUUCCUUCAUCGUCCGUCUCGACUCGCAGAAGCACAUCGACUUUGCUCUCAACUCGCCGUUCGGCGGUGGUCGCCCUGGCCGUGUCAGGAGGAAGAAGGCCAAGGCCGCCGAGAAGGGUGACGAGGGUGCGGAAGAGGAGGAUGACGAGUAAAUCCGGGGCGCUUUUCAUCAGAACAAUGGUUGGGACUGCACGGGACGGGCUGCGAAAAUCGAUCUGGGUGGGGACUUUUGACCUCUGCAUCAUGCUCUUACGGCGUUUAUAGUCAAGGGAGUGGAAUGCAUCAAGAUUUGCACGUACGAUACAAACUCAGCAGUCACCAAUCAUUGGAGCCGCCUCUCCUCCUUAAAGGCCAAAGACUACGUUUCCGCCUG